AUGCUCUCUCUGAAUACUAUGGGCUCUUCACCAUCGGCGACGAACCCAGGCCUGUCUGGACGGCCGCCGGAUGAUUCAGCUCCCUCCUUACAAGAGCAGGUACCAUCACUGAGUGAGCGAUCGACACAACCUAUGAGCUUUAAAGUAGCUUUGGCUGGGAAUGCAUCAGGAACAUCAAGGUCGAGAUCCCAAUGGACCUUCGUAGGAACAAACGAUUUGGAGGCGGGCUCUUUUCAAGGAGAACCAGAGUUGAAAAUAUCGGAAAAUCUCAAGGAAAGACUCUGCCAGCCCUGGAGAAAGACGCUUGUUGUUCGAUUGUUGGGUCGCUCGGUGGCCUAUUCCUACCUCUGUUCACAACUUUGCUGGAUGUGGCGACCGAUCGGCUCGCUUGAGAUUAUGGAUUUAAACAACGAUACUUUCCUAGCGACGUUCGGGAAUGAUCAGGAUUACUUGAAAGCCCUUACUGGAGGUCCGUGGGUCAUUCUGGAUCACUACCUGCUAGUUCAUCAAUGGACGCCGGCCUUCUGUACUUCCGAUAAACCCUAUCGAUCAGUAGUGGCGUGGGUUCAAUUUCCUGAACUGCCUGUUCACUUCUAUCACUGGGAAAUUCUCUUUGCUAUUGGCAAUCUCGUCGGCAGGAUAGUGAAACUGGAUUACCACACAAAAAAUCUUGAGAGGGGUAAGUUUGCUCGGAUAGCCAUUGAACUAGACAUGAGCAAACCCCUCCCCACGCGCAUCAGACUUGACGGAGCAUGGCAACAAGUUCUAUACGAAAACCUUCCGAUGAUAUGCUACUCAUGUGGGCGAAUAGGGCACAUGGAGGAGUCGUGCCCUUUGAAGCAACCGCCACCUCUUCUGUACAUUAUAGCGGCACCAGAUCAACUGCAGAACACCUCGCCGGUGAAAGAGUGGCCGGAAAUUCCCGCCGUGUACGGCCCCUGGAUGCAGGUCGUCAGGAAGUCGAAACGCCACAAUAGGAAGCCAGCGCCAGAUUAG